AUGUCGGGCGCAGAAGUCAAGAAGCGGCAAGUGCCGCAAGUCAACGGCAACAUGAGCACUACCAAUAAUAUCACAAAGAAGUCAAAGAACAAGGCAAAAACCAACGCAAACACCUGGCUACCGACGAGAGAAAGCAAACUAUCUGGAGAUCCUCACCAGCCUGACUUUUCUACACAACGAGACUUGCAAUACACUCAUCUGAUUGGGGCUGUCCUCCUACCGCUCGUCGCUACUGUCUUCCUGCGUUACCUGGGCCAGGCUCAGUUUCACAAUGUCGUGUCCAUGGAUUAUGCCAUGUUUGGCAUCUACUUCUGGUGUGCCGAAAUCUGUUUGAUCUUAAGCACAAUGUACCACUUGAUGCUGCCUCAUUCGCAUCAAGCAGAACAAUUCUGGCAUGGGAUGGAUCUGCUUGGUAUCGUUGUUGUGACAGUCGGUACAUUCACUUCUGGAAUUUACUAUGUCUUCUUCUGUGAACCGAGCUUGCAGAAAUUGCACUGGGGUAUUAUUCUAUCCACCGGCACUGUCACCGGUGUCCUCAUCUCGAAUCCCUCGCUCCGAACACCGCGUUGGCGAAAAGUCAAAGUGAGCGCAUUCAUUACUUUUGGCGCGUCGUCCUUCAUACCCCUAUUACAUGGAGUAGAGCGAUAUGGACUUAACUACAUGCUCGAGCACUCGGGCAUGAAAUGGUAUCUACUCGAGCUUGUAUUCUAUGGCACCGGAGUUAAGCUAUACGCGUUUCGAACCCCCGAGCGUUUAGCACCAGGUACAUUUGAUAUCUGGGGAAGUUCACACCAGAUCUUUCAUGUUGCCAUCUUGUGCGCCAUGUACACACACGUGGCCGCUCUCCUGCAGGGUUUCACGACCUGCCAUGCACUCGACGUGUGCCAGCUUCAGGGCGUUUCUCAAGCAAGUUGA